GGCCCCCACGUCUCCGCCCUCCGCCUGCCCUGACAGCAGCCGGGCUGGCUCUGGAGACCCCUGCGCCGCGGCCGCUAACGGCUCCCGCCGCCUUUUCUCGUCCCUGUUGGCGGAUGCCCCCGGGUGCUCGCCGGGGCGGCAGCUGCCGGAGCCGCAUGCCGGGAGCCGAAGAGGAGCAGGCGAGUGCACGAAAAAAAAUGAAUUCUGAAAGCUCAACACUUACCAUAAGUAGCCCUUCUGUAAUAAGCCAAUGUGCCAGAGGAGGACUGGAGGAAGAAAAAGUUUGGUUAUUCCUGUGUGAUUUUGCUCAUAGUAUUUAUGUGUGCUGUGCAUGUAAGACUGGACUGUGUCCAGCAGUGUCCUUCAGGCCGAAACAACAGCAACAGAACAACUUUUCCUUGUUUCCUUCUACCAAGGGCUGGAAUUUCAGAGGGAAAAAACGAAAACAGAGUACUCAAGAUGAAGAUACAAUCAGUAUCUGCAGCCUCGAUACAAGUGAGCCCAGUAACAAACGGGUGAAGCCACUUUCCAGAGUCACAUCACUGGCGAGUCUCAUUCCUCCUGUGCGAGCCACUCCGCUGAAGCGGUUCAGCCAGACACUUCAGCGUUCUAUCAGUUUCCGAAGUGAAAGUCGUCCAGAUCUGUUCAGUCCACGAUCAUGGUCUCGAAAUAUGCCCCCAGCUAACACAAAGCGGAGAGACAGCAAACUGUGGAGUGAGACCUUUGAUGUUUGUGUCAAUCACAUGCUUACAUCUAAAGAAAUCAAGCGUCAAGAGGCUAUCUUUGAACUUUCCCAGGGAGAAGAAGACUUGAUAGAAGAUCUGAAGUUAGCAAAAAAGGCUUAUCAUGACCCAAUGCUUAAACUUUCCAUAAUGACAGAGCAAGAGUUGAACCAAAUUUUUGGAACACUGGACUCUCUAAUUCCUCUGCAUGAAGAUCUUCUUAGGCGACUUCAAGAAGUCAGGAAACCUGAUGGAUCAACAGAACAUGUUGGCCAUAUCCUUGUGGGUUGGCUUCCAUGCCUGAACUCCUAUGAUAGCUACUGCAGCAACCAAGUAGCAGCCAAAGCUUUAUUGGAUCACAAAAAACAGGAUCACAGAGUGCAAGAUUUCCUACAGCGCUGCUUAGAGUCUCCUUUUAGUCGCAAACUGGACCUUUGGAAUUUCCUUGAUAUCCCAAGAAGCCGUUUGGUUAAAUACCCAUUGCUACUCAGAGAAAUCUUGAGACACACACCAAACGAUCAUCCAGAUCAGCAGCACCUUGAAGAAGCUAUAAAUAUAAUUCAGGGCAUAGUGGCUGAAAUCAACAUAAAAACUGGUGAAUCUGAAUGCCAGUAUUACAAAGAGAGACUUAUUUAUCUUGAAGAAGGUCAAAGGGAUUCACUGAUUGAUAAUUCACGUGUUGUAUGUUGUCAUGGUGAACUGAAGAACAACAGAGGAGUGAAACUGCACGUCUUCCUCUUUGAAGAAGUGCUGGUGAUCACUCGAACUAUCACCCAUAACGAACAGCUCUGGUACCAGCUGUAUAGGCAGCCAAUUCCCGUGAGGGAGCUUGUGCUAGAAGACUUGCAAGAUGGAGAGGUGCGACUGGGUGGAUCCAUACGUGGUGCCUUCAGCAACAAUGAGAGAAUCAAAAACUUCUUUAGAGUCAGCUUCAAAAAUGGAUCUCAAAGCCAGACUCACUCACUCCAAGCCAAUGACUCCUUCAACAAGCAACAGUGGCUUAAUUGCAUCCGCCAGGCCAAAGAGAAAGCUACAUGUGCAGGCAAAGCUGGCAUGCUGAACUCGGAAGCACAUUUCCUUUUGCCCCCGCAUGGAAACAGAGUACCCCAGGGAGAAACUGUGGUGGAGCGAAUGGACCAAUCGGACUGUGAGUCAGACUGUAGUAUGGACACCAGCGAGGUCAGCAUCGACUGUGAACGUAUGGAACAGACGAACUCUUGUGAACAUGAAAAGCAAACAGAAACCAAUGUUUGACAAAAGCAGUUUAUGGAAGAAAAUCUGUCUCUUACCUGUACAGUAUUUGCAUUCCAUACAUGGAACCAUUUGGAGAAGCACUUUUAGAAUAUUUUCUGUGACAGUGUCAAUGCAGUCCUUGUAUUUGUACCUAUGAGUGUUGUACUGUGACUGCCAAUCUGUAUAAGCUGGAAUCUCUUGCAACUCAUGUCCUGUGAUUAUAUUCCAUAAAUGUCUUAAGGUGGAUGAAAGAGGUACUUGACCAGUUAUUCUCAAUGUCCUGCUGUAAACAGAAUCUCUUAACUACUGUUUAUAUAUGCAUUACAUAAAGGAUCUUUUCAUAAUUUAAGUACUUUAUUUGCCCUUUAAUGGGGCAGCUGAAGAUCUGGACUUAAGGAGUUUCAGGAUGGGUGGUAUCAAGGUAAGCUUUCAUAAAACCAUAGAAGGAAAAAUUAGUUUCUUGUAACAAGGAAAACAUAUUGCAAUAACCUAUCUGAACUCCUAUGGUAUUAAAAUCAACACAAACUGUAAACAGCGGGCCGUGUAACCAUGGGACUCUUUAGAGAUGAAUUUUUCAAAAUGAAGCACUGCCCUAAGAUCCAGCAAGUAAAUUUACCAAAUUCUGGUCAGUUAAAGUGGUCAGCAUAGUGCUGUUUUAUUUAUCAAAGGAUGUAAUGCUAAAAAUAAUCAACUAAAAAAAACCCAAACAACCAAACCUCUACAGCCAGCACUGAAUUAAGUGAAAUGCUGAGAGUACUGGGUAUUUGUAAAUAAGCUGGUAGUUUGCUUUCAGUGCCAUAUAUAAAAUAGAUAUAUAUAUUAUCCUGAUCAGGAUAAAAAUGGAAAAAAGCUUUUGCUUGUGAAUAGGCCCUCUUCAGCAUUUUGCACUCCACUGACCUCCACUGUUGGUUUUAAACACCACUAAACUCAUGUUAAAACAUUAUAAUUUCCUCUAAAUGUCUGUUUACAAUUACAUGUAGUUGAUUUUUAAAAUUAAGUGACAACUUUGUAUAAAUGGUGCUCUACAAAAUGCCCUAUGGGAUUAUGUAGAGAAAGUUUAAACAGAAAGGGAAUUGCUUUUCCUUUAGGAUGUAUUACGUUCUUUGUAUUUUUCUCCAGUUUUGUUUUAAAAGUAUUUGUUGCAUUUAAUCUCAUGCAGUAAUUGGAAAUGUUACUGUGUUUUCUGGUGGCUGAUUGUUAAAUCUCAUUAUGAUGAGGAGCAGAUGAGUCACUUAAAUGCAGUCUAAAUCACUUAGUUCAACAUCCUGUUACUAUUCAGUAACCCCGUGGGUAAUGCUGUAUUCCUUAACAUGAGAAAUAAUGCCAGUGCUGUAUGGCAAGCUAUGAAAAUUCUGUAUUAAUAAAUUCAGACGAUCCUUCGUAUUACACAGGAUGACCUGUGCAAAGUACUCGUAACACCAGAAGUAGAAAAACUGCUAAGUUAUUGCCAAAAACAAUUUUUGUGUUCUACAAGUUUACAGAAAAUUUACUAUGUCAAGUAUCUGAUUUAUAUGCUGGUGCGCAUUACAGAAAUCAGUGUGACAAGACGAUAAACAAUAUAAAUCAAGGUAUUUUUAUUUUUUAAAAAAGUCAUUUUUACCUGAUAGAACAUAUUUCUGUAUUUAUAGUUUUUAAAAAAAGAAGUCAAUUUUCUUUUCUGUUUCAAGCUUUGUAAUUUAUUUCAACUGCUUCAUUUUUAGAGCUGAAUUGAGUAUUCCAGUGAAGAUGAGACAAAGGAAGGGCUUGCAAAAGAAAAGGCAGAGGAAAGCAUAGUAGGGGAUGAACCAUGUUCAGAAAACCUGUUCAGCAAAAUGUUCAAAAAGAGCAAAAAGCCUGUAAAGUGCUUAGAUGGGGAAGAAAGAAUGAAUGUGUGUAUUGACUAUUUGGUUUUUUUUUAAUAAUAGCCUUAAACUUCUCUGGAAGCAUUUAAAAUAAAUUACAUUAAACUGUUUUGCUCUUUA